CUUCUCUCUACUUGCACAAUUCAUUAGCAAAAGCAUUGCGUGGUACACGAAAAUGGCAAAAAUCUCUCUCAUGAUCAUCACUGGUCUUCUGGGAUCUCUUCUCAGUGCCGAAUGUACAGUUUUUAUCAAAAAUGAACAAGCAAGCUCAAUGUUGCGCAGGCAGAAGAGGUACAAUUCAAAUAGACUGGAAGAGUUUGUUCCAGGGAACCUGGAGAGAGAAUGUAAGGAAGAAAAAUGCAGUUUUGAAGAAGCGCGAGAAGUCUUUGAAAACACGGAAAAAACAAUGGAGUUUUGGAAAGGGUAUAUUGAUGGAGACCAGUGCAAUCCAAAUCCGUGUAAAAAUGGAGCCCGUUGUGCAGAUGACGUUGGUUCCUACGUGUGUUGGUGCCCAGCAGGGUAUGAAGGAAGGAACUGUGAGCUAGAUUCAACCUGUGCUACUAAGAAUGGAGGAUGCAAGCAUUUUUGCACCAAUGACCCACCCCGCAAAGUUGUUUGCUCCUGUGCACCUGGCUAUAAACUGAAUGGAGAUGGAAAAUCCUGUGAUCCUGCAGUGCCAUUUCCAUGUGGGAGGAUUACAGCUCCAGAAGCCAAAAGCAAGUACACUCGAGCCAUGAACACCUUUGACAAGUGGUACUACAAUUCUACCAAUGAUCACGACGAAGCAACAGACAAUACCACUCACAUCACACCCAUCAUUAAGCAAGUUACACGAGUCGUUGGUGGAGUGGAAAGCAGGAAAGGUGAAGUUCCUUGGCAGGUUCAUUUGCAGAAUAGGAAUGGAGUAGGAUUCUGCGGGGGGUCUAUAGUCAAUGAAAAAUGGAUCGUAACAGCAGCGCACUGCAUUGAGCCUGGCGCACAGGUUACCGUUGUGGCAGGGGAACACAACACGGAAGUCAGUGAUGGUACCGAGCAAUAUCGCCAAGUGGUGAACAUCUUUCCUUACCCCAUCUACAACGCCAGCCAAAACAAGCACCACAAUGACAUAGCACUGCUAGAGCUUGGGACCCCGCUGGAGUUCAACAGCUACGUCACCCCUAUUUGCAUCGCCGGCAAGGAAUUCACCAACAGCCUCCUCAAGCAUGGAAUUGGCACCGUGAGUGGCUGGGGGAGCCAGCUGUUCCGGGGACGGGUGGCCACAGUCCUCCAGGUUCUGAAAGUCCCAUUCGUUGACCGCGCAACGUGCCUGAGAAGCAGCACAUUUUCUAUCUUACCGUAUAUGUUCUGCGCGGGUUACCAUUCAGAGGCUAAAGAUACAUGUGAAGGGGACAGUGGGGGCCCUCAUACCACAGAAAUAGAAGGUACCUGGUUUCUAACUGGAAUAACCAGCUGGGGGGAAGAGUGUGCACUGGAGGGCAAAUAUGGUAUCUACACCAGAUUAGCAAAGUACAUCAAGUGGAUAAGAGAUAGAACAAGUGGUUAAUCAACAUAGAGUUAAACCUUUCUAUUGCUUUUCUGUGGAUUGCCUGGUUAAGAGAUGUUGGCAAAUGUAAAAAAAAAAACCCUAAUUUGUUUUUCUUCCAAUGUUGCAUUUUAAUAAACAAUUUUAAUAGAAUCAAAUUUUCUCUUUGAAGAUAAAUAUUUACAGAGGGACUUGAGAGUGCAUGUGGUUAAAAAGGAAAAAAAUGCAUUCAUUGUAAAUGGCCAAAUUCUACCCUCAUUCAUGAGCAUGCCACUACCUUCCAAGUCACUGAGUGUCGCGUAUUUGUAGCAGAGGACAGAAUUUGAGUUGAAGGAUACAAUACUCUGAGCGUUUGCAGCGACUGAAAGAAUAUUGCAUUACUCUCUCUGCCAACAAUCUCAAGGAUCCGGAAGUUUUAAUGUCACCCAGUGCAAGCAUUGUUAUGAUCAGUAGGCUAUUCUUGAGUGAGAUUUAUUAACCUGUAAUACUGGUUCUCAUGAUGUAAAAUAACCUGAAAGCACAGACUUAUUAAACUCACGUGAAAGUA